AUGGAAAAUAAUAAUAAUAAUAAUAUUAAUAAAACCAAUACACCAAACAAUUCAUUUUCCCCAAUCAAAAACAGAAUAGAACAUUUUGAACGAAUGAGUAGUAGUCCAAAUAUUUCUAUUCCUCUCUCCCAAAAGGAAUAUUAUUGUUCUCCUAAAAAAAAUAUUUCUUUAAAUAAUAUUAAUCAUAAUAUUAAUUAUAAUAAUAAUAAUAAUAAUAAUAAUAAUAAUAAUAAUAAUAAUAAUAAUAAUAAUAAUAAUAAUAAUAAUAAUAAUAAUAAUAAUAAUAAUAAUAAUAAUAAUAAUUGUAUAGUUGGAGAAAGUAAUAUAAUAAAUAAUAAUAAGGAUGAUUACAAUAGUAAUAAUAAUAGUACUAUUAAUUAUAAUAUAGUUAGAGAAAGCAAUAGUAAUAAUAAUAGUAAUAAUAGUAAUAUUAAUAUUAAUAAUAAUAGUAAUAAUAAUUUUGAAAAAGAGAAAAUAAUAGAAAAUAAUAAAGAAUAUAUCAACUCUGAUUUUGAUAGUAUUAGUAAUAAUGAUAAUAAUAAUUAUAAUAAUAAUAAUAUCUUUAUUUUCGAGAAAAUAGAGUAUAAUAAAGAAGAAAUAGAUUGUGUUAUAGCAAUAAAUAGUGAUAUUGAGAGUAAUAAAAAUGAUGAAAAUGAUGACAAUUAUAAAAAUCAUAAUUAUGAAAUAAUAAUAGUUGGAGAAAAUAAUAAUAGUAAAGAAGAUUGCAAUAGUAGUAAUAAUAGCUAUGAUAAUGAUAGUAAUAGUAAUAGCGAUAUUAGUACAAGUGUUAAUUGUAAUAGUAUUAAUAAUAAUGACACAAUCGACAAAAAUAAUUCAACCAAUAUAAUCAAAUCUAUUGAAAACAACAACAAAAACAAUUACAAUAAAAAUAAUAAUAAAAAUAAUAUAAAAAGCAUCUUCGAAAAUAUAUUAAUAAAAGUAUUUACAAUUAUUGAUAAAGAAAGUUCAAAAUUAAUCCAAGGUCUUAAAAUUGAAAAUAAAUUGAAAAGUCAAUUAUCAUAUUUAGAGGAGGAUUAUAUAUACCAAACUGUUCUUGCAAUUCUGCAAACCAAAGUGUUGCAGGUUAUUUUUAAUGAUGUUUUUCCAAAUAGUAACAUUUAUAAUGAUAAUGAAAAUAAUAAUAAUAAUAAUAAUAAUAAUAAUAAUAAUAAUAAUAAUAAUAAUAAUAAUAAUAAUAAUAUUAAUAAUUAUAUAGUUGAAGAAAGUAAUAAUAAUAUUAGUGUUAUUGAUAAUAAUAAUAAUAGUGAUAAUAAUAAUAAUAAUAAUAAUAAUAAUAAUAAUAAUAAUAAUAAUAAUAAUAAUAAUAAUAAUAAUAAUAAUAAUAAUAAUAAUAAUAAAAGUAAUAAUUAUAUAGUUGAAGAAAGUAAUAAUAAUAGUGUUAUUGAUAAUAAUAAUAGUGUUAUUGAUAAUAAUAAUAAUAUUAAUAAUAAUAGUAAUAAUAAUAAUAAUAAUAAUAAUAAUAAUAAUAAUAAUAAUAAUAAUAGUGAACAAAACUUUACAUAUAAUGAAAAAAAGAUUCAAAAUCCAAUAAUUAGAUGUAUAAGAAAUCUAAGAGAAAUUAGAAUUAAAAAAAUACCAAAAAAUAUUCACGUAGACCUUUUUCAAGAUUACAGAAACAUACAAAUAAUUCACAACCAAUUCCCAGAAUUAUUUACAGAUUCUAUAAAUGAUUGUUAUAAAAUCUUUCACCAUUUCUGCUUGACUUAUUCUGGUCCAGAUGUUAAGCAAUUCCUAUGUGAGUUUUCUAAAAUUGGAGUAAUAUCAUGUAGUGAUGAAAAUGAAAAUAGUUCUCUUUAUUAUGCCAUUGAAAAUAAAGUGAAUGGACUUCAGUUGGUGUGUGAAAUGGUUUGUAAUGGUUUAAUUAAUAUAGAGAUGGCAAAGAAAACAAAUAAACAUGGUCACUCAAUUCUAUGCAAGUGCAUAAAUCUUAAAAACAUACCGAUAUUAAAACUAUUAAUUUCUUUUGGAUUUGAUCAUUUUGAAAUAUGCCAAAAUUGUAAAAAUACUGAUCAAGAUAUUCAAGAUAUUUUUGAUGAUAUUUAUUUUUCGAUGGCAUACUUUAGUACUAUUCCAGAUAGUGUUAAUGGUAAAUUAAUUAAAACAAAUAUUGCUUUAUUAACAGAAUUAAUUUAUAGUCAAGAAAAAUUAAAGUUAUUAUUUAAAGUUGCCAAUGCACCAGUUCCUACUGAAAUUGAAAAAGCAGUCAACAAAUUCAUAUUCAAAAUGGAUGAUUAUAAAACAAAAUACAAUUUAAAAAAAAAUGAAAUAGAAUCCAUUGAAAAGGUUGGAAUAAUUGAUAAAAGUCAACUAUCAGAUUUUUCAAUUAUUGGUGAAGGUGGUUUCAGUACGGUUCAUAAAGCCACAUAUAUCAAUCUUCAAAAUACUAUAACGCCAGUCGCAAUAAAAUCAUUCAAAAAUUAUGAUGACGAUAGUUUUGAACGUAUUUAUAAAGAAGUAUCAGUUCAUCAAUCAUUGCAAGGUGAAAAUAUUUUGAAAUUAAUUGGUGUUUCAAAAUUAAAAUUUGGACUCUCUAUUAUCAUCGAAAAAUGCGAUAUGGAUUUAAAAAACUUCAUAUCCUGUAACCAAAUUAAUUUAGAUCUUUUCUUCAUUUUAUCGACACAGAUGGUAAAUUCUGUUUCUCAGGUUCAUAACCACUAUCCAGAAGCAGAAAUAAAUGUAUAUCAUAGAGAUAUUAAAUUAGAAAAUUGGUUGAUAAAGACAAUAGAUGGAAACCAUACAGUAUUUAUUUCUGAUUUUGGAUUAUCAAGAUCGAACACUGAAUCUAACGGUUGUACAUUACAGCAAAUAAGAGGAACUAAUCUACACAUUGCACCAGAGUGCUAUAAAGGAUUUUUAUUUUCUUCUCAAUCUGAUAUCUUUUCUGUUGGUAUUUCUUUGUAUCAAUUGGCCUACAAACUCGUAUAUGGCAAGUUUGUCCAUCCUUACCAUGAAUACCAAAUUGCAGAUGAACCCGAAAACCUGAACAUUAUUCAGAAUACUGGUUUAAUUCCAACUAUCCCUCCCAACUUACCAUCACGAUUAAAAAGAUUGCUAUUUUUAAUGAUGAGCAAAAUGCCUGAAAGAAGACCAUCAAUUAAAGAGUGCAUUGAAGAAAUCCAAAAAUGUAAAGAGGAAUAUGAAUCAGAUAGAACCAAAUGGGAUACUGAAAUAUCAGUACAUGAAGAUUACUCGUUACUCAAUGAACAAAUGAUAAAUCAAUAUCACUAUAUAAAAUCUGAUGUGUUGGAUUACAUUCGAGACUUUGAUUUAAAUCAAAAUCCUCACGAUAAUUAUGUCCAAGAAUUGGAAAGUUUUGAUUAUUCAAGUUAUUUCAUUAAAUGCAAAUCUUUUAAUGAAGAUAGAUAA